UCCGUCCAGGCAGCGCGUCUUUCCUUCCUUAUCGUAAUAGGCAUGCUCAGCAGAAGGGCUGUGCAGUUCUCUCGGCGACUGAAGCUGGGCGCAGGGGAACUGCAACGGCCGCGCCAGGCAUCUUCCAGUGAUGGCCUCUACUGAACAGCUCUGCUCCAGCUCCCACCAGCAGCACUGAGCAUAAGAACAGCAGAAACCCCUUCGCCCUCCUGCUGCCAAGCCAGACAGAGAGACACACAGCACCAUGUACAGCGUGGACGACCUCCUCAUUUCACACGGAUACAAAUUGCCCAAGACGAGCGUCCCCUGCCCCUCUUCAACUUCAUCCGCCUCCGCACCUUGCGAGAAACAGCACCACGUCGCCGCCACGACCGACUGCCACCGUGAAAUCCCAGCGGCAGAGAACCAGAGGCCUGGUCGUGUUGGCUCACUGAACGGGUAUGAACAGGCAGCAGACAGGGGGGCCUGUGUCUUCAGGAGCAGCAGCAGGCAGGCACUACUGGCGAAGGUCUACCCCGGCAGCGGGGACAAUGAGAGUGGCGGGGAAAGGAACCAAAGGAGAAAAGAAGCUGGCGGCGGUAACCUAGGUGACAGCCUAGCACAGCCCCUGGGAGAUUCUCUCGCCACGGAUAGCGGGUUCUAUGAUGCUCCCAGCUUAACCUAUUCUGAGCAGAUCGAGAGAAGAGAGCAGUUGGAUGAGAGGGAUGUCUCCUACUGGAGGAGGAGAGGUCAGGACUUCAGUGUCCUUCUGGAUUACGCCGACGGCCGGGAGCUGAGAGCGUCCGCUAGCUUUCUGAAGGCCUCUGAGGUGGCAUGGAGGCCACAGGCCCUGAUAGCAGAGGACCACAGGGGGGAGAGGGAGAAGCAGCAACAGAAGCAGCUAUGGGAUGACACCCCCAUCUCCUGGCUGAGGGAAGCUGACGCGGCUCCUGGACAGCUGAGGGUAUUGACUGGGGUGACUGGGGAGCGGAAGUGCCAGAGCCUGGGCACAGAGGAGUGGAAGCCUGCGGUGGGACUGGGGAGGCAGCUGUCGGAUGGGGAGGGCGAGAGGUGGGCUCAGGACCAGCAGCACCGCCUGAGGACUCCAGAGAGCGCUGGUUUUAUCCUUCCCAGAACCAGAGCGAAGUCCCAGUCCCUCCCCAGAGUGCUGUCGCCUGAUGGAACUACUGAACACACAGACACACAGUCCAGCUUGGUCAGUGUCCAGCUUCGACCGGGCCAGGUUGAUAGACAGAGAGUGAACAGCACCGUCUUUUCCGGGCCUUAUAGUAGGUAUUACCACAGCGCCGCAGUCGGCCGGGACCGGUGGGCCAGAAACAGUUGGCAAAGCGGCGGUCAUGUUGCACUUUUACCAAAGCCCAGGUUCAGCAGACCUGUCAAGCCUCCGUCGUACGAGAUACACCAGCAGACUAGGGGUAGCCAGGAGAUGCUUUCUGUAGCUGUAGUAGAUGAGCAGAGUGCGUCCAAACAACAGAAGGACAACAGGCCUGUCUAUCACCCAAGGGGUGGAGAACUGCAGAGACAAGACUAUUUCGCACAACACUCCGCAAUCUUUGGCAUGGAGCCCCCCGGUUACAUCCCGCCCCCGUCUUAUAAGAGAGCCCCUCCCCCAAUCAGGGGAGGCCCAAUCAACCGCAAUGAAGUGGUGAACUAUAAGUGGAGGGGGGAGAUGCAGAUACAGAUGCAGAUGCCUGUGAGCUCAGAGACGGGAAGGUGGUUUUCCAGACAGACAGGAGGGUCGUGGCUGGAACACUAUGGGGAUCGAGGUAUACCCUACAGGAAACAGGUUAACCCUAACCCAAAUCUUAACCCUGGAUACACCGAGGAACAUCUGGGGCAUGUUCACUAUUUACCCUUUGAUGAUCCGCGAGUGAGACACAUCUCAGGAGGGCCUGGCGGAAAUUCUCUCACUGACUCGGACAAGCUUAUCCGAAACAUCAUCAAAGAGAUUCCCUGCGCUAAGGUUUUAGGACAAUCCACACAUGAUAGUGCCUUUUCCCCCCCACAUGGGCUAUCUCUCAAUACCGACAGCCGCAAGACAUCUGUCAAUGACAACGACGGUAGUAGUACUAGAUGGUGCCACAGGGGUUUAAUAAACAAAGGAAGUGUAGACAGUGUAGCUCCUGACCAGAGCUGUGGUAACUAUCCAACUGCUUUUCAGGUUAGACCGCCCCCUCAGCAGAUCAGGCUUGUGGACCAAGGUGUGUCAGAAACUGUGACUCAAGUGAAAAAGAAAGAGCCUGACUCCUCAGAGAAAGAGAAACCAAGAAAGCCUGACUCCUCAGAGAAAGAGAAACCAAGAAAGCCUGACUCCUCAGAGAAAGAGAAACCAAGAAAGCCUGACUCCUCAGAGAAAGAGAAACCAAGAAAGCCUGACUCCUCAGAGAAAGAGAAACCAAGAAAGCCUGACUCCUCAGAGAAAGCAGAGAAAGUAGAGAAAAAGAGCGUAAAAAAGAAACUUAGCGAAACAAUAUUCUGUUUGGUGUCUGUUCCCAUCCCCCCAACGCCGGGCAGUACGUCCCAUGAUCAAAACAACAAUGACGAGAAGCCGCCAAGCCCAGUCCGGCCACCAAGCCCAGUGGACAGUCCGAGCGAGAACAAAACUGGCCACUUAACAAACCAAAGUCUCCAAAGCACAUCUUCAGCAGAGGCUGAGCUGCAAGCACUAACCGGUAGCAUAGCAAGCAGCAGAUCAAGCAGCAAAAUAGUGAGAAAACUCCCCAUUAAACCCCCCAAAAUAAACCAUCACAAGGAGCUGAAACUCUCGGGAUCCUGGCCUGGGAACCAGUACCGUGACCAGGAGACUCAAACUAGCCCAGAGGCCAGAAAGCGUCAGCCUCCCCCUCCUCCUCCUCCAGGUCCUGAAAACAAGGAAGCACAAGACCCUCAAGUCCCUGCCCCAGGUUCCCCCGACCCAGGCGUCACCCCAGACCCUAGCAGUGUGGGCAGCACUGCAUUCAGCUAUCCCAUAAAAGGGGUGAAGAGCCUGAAACCAUCCAGCAACAGCGCCUUUUCCAGGACGGCCACUUUCUCAAUCUCCAGCCAGCUGAACAAGAGCACAGCUCAGCCGCCAGCAGCAGCGCCACCACCACCACCCUCAGGAAACACGAUGGAGGUCAAACCAGCAGCGACCUGCAGUGGGCAGGAGGGCUUCGGUCAGUUCCUGCUGAAGCCCGUCAGCAGACGGCCAUGGGAUGCCAUUGAGGAGCUAGAGACUAUUAACAAAGAGCUCCAGGAUCAACAGCAACAACCACAGCAGCAGAGCAGCAAGAGGCCCAGUGUUGACCAGUGCAUCGAGGACCUCAACGAGGCAUACAAAGACAUCUUAGAGCUAGGCACUGCCAGCAAUAAUGUUCCCAACAAUGGCGGCGCUGUGCAGAUCCCUGAGCGGAUCAAGAUAAGGCUAGCGGGGGAGGCGGGGCUUAGCAAACCCAGCAGCCUUAGGCGCAGUAUCGAGAGCUGGACUGUGUCCGUCGACCCAGAGUACAGGGAGGUCAAGAGCGCCUUCUCAAGACCCGCUGAAAGAAAGUCAGUGACAUUCAGCAAGCAGCUAAGAGAGGAGCUCCCUGUCCCGCCACGCGAUCCUACAGGAUUCAGAGAAUACAGGGUUGUUUCGAAUUUGUCACAGAGGAGAAGUAGCUGCAGUGGCAGGUCAGUGAAGCUAGACCUCACUUCGCCUUCGGAGACACCACCGCCUUGUGACUUUACCGGCCCUAGUGACUUUAUUGACUCUCCUAGUGAUCCCAGCGAGAUCAGAGACUUAAGCCCACCGACGCCAACAACGCAUACGGCAGCAGAAGUCCCCUGGGCAGAUAGGCAGCCGAUGCAGGACGCCUCCACACUUACGAGUCCCCCUGAUUAUGAGGACAUAUGUCAGUCUUUACAAAAGACCCGAGACUCAACAGAAGUUAACAAAACUUUGACGGCCAAAUCUAAACUUGGUGGUGGUAGAGGCAAUGCAGUGCCUCCAGGGUGCGCCAGUCUAGACUCUGAAGAGGAAUGCCCCAUUUGUAAAAAAGAGAGCGAGAGCCAGAUGUCCAGACCAAGCCCAAUGUCUCCGCUCCAUGAGGAGUCAAGCCCAGAUUUGUCUGAUCAAAGUAGCGCCACGAUCGUCGGUGACAGUGGUAGUCCACAAGGAGCUGAAACAUAUGAAGAACCAGCUGAGAACGAAGUAGACACAAAGCUAUCCUCCGCCUCUUGCUCGAAUCGUUCAGAGGCUCAGACUCUGUGUCAAGAUUGGAGGGAGCAGCUGUCACUCACAGAUGAUAAGAAUGUGGGUGGGUGCGCUGCUGCUGAGAAGACCAAUCAAAACCAAGCAACCAAGGAUCUCAACAAUCUAUACGAAGUGAAAUGUGCCGAGGGAAUCCCAGAGAACGAAUCCAUAGAGGAGAGGGCAGCCAGGAUAUUAGGGAUUGAUGUGCCUGCAGAGUCCCUAGUUACAGGGGAGCGGAGGGCUAGAGAGCCAGCAACAGAUGAGAUUGAAUUAAGAGAGAGUGAAGCCACUGCUGGAGAAGAUCCAGAAAGAAGCAAUGCAAACGAACAGACAUUACAAACACAUGUGAGAGAUACAGAGUCUGGGGAACUGCGGUCUGCAGUGUCUAUGGUGCCUGACAGUGGGCAGGAGUUACAAGAAAAUGAGCCGCCACAGGAUGUGCCAGAACGCAUCAGGAGUGCCAAAUGGACCCAACUGGGUCGAGAAACUCCAGGUAUGCUGGAGUUUCCGCCAGACAGACUACCACUUUCGGUCCCCAUGAACCCCGACCAGAAGCUGUCUCACAGUCUGGAGGGAGAGAGGAGGGGCAGAGGUGCCUCACAGCACAUAGAGGCCCUGCAGGACAAGCUAGCUGCCUCGCCCAGCCACCAGGUGGCGAUAGAGCGCCUGGCUCGGAUGAAGGUGGUGGACUCGAUGUCCCGCAUGAGAUUCAGCAUCAGGAGCACAGACUCUGGGGAGGUGGACGGGGAGGCGGAGGGGGAGGCCAGCCGUGGCGUUGAACAAGUGGAAGAGAACGCUGUCCUCCCUGCUCCCUCCCAGAGUGACACAGUGGACGAUAGAGAGGUCAAGCUAGAGGACGAUGGAGAGGCCUCUGAAGAUACAGUGUUGCAAGACGAGGAGGUGUCAUCUGUCUCGGAGGCCUGAGACCCAAGCCCAGUGGAUUAAAGUGGAGAGAGACUGAGACGCCCGUCAUCUUUCUCCAUCUGAGGGUUUAGCUCCCUCCAACACUGUGACCUGGCUGCCCAUUAGAAUGCCUUCAUCUCAUCCCAAACACAGAAACGGCCUUCUUCUCCGACAACAGCAUUGUGUACACCCUCACCCUCGGCGUCGUUGAGUGCUAAGAGUGUUCCACUGCCAAAAGGGAGGUGUCCCCCUACCUAGGGGCAGCUUCCAUCUAUCCCCCCCCCAUCUCCCCUUUAUCUCCCCCCAACCCAUUCUAGGAGGGGUCCAAAAUGGUACCCUACUCUCUAUAUAGUGCACUACUGGGCCCUGGUCAAAGGCAGUGCACUGCAUAGGGUUCAGGGUGCCAUUUUGGGACUCAUUUCUAGUGUUAUUGUAGCAGCUUGUUCUUUAUCCUUUCUUAUUCUACCCUCCCGAUGGUUUUCAUUGGCUUAUUCUCCCCUCCCGAUGGUUUUCAUUGGCUUAUUCUACCCUCCUGAUGCUUUUCAUUGGCUUAUUCUACCCUCCCGAUGCUUUUCAUUGGCUUAUUCUACCCUCCCGAUGCUUUUCAUUGGCUUAUUCUACUCUCCUAGAUGCUUUUCAUUGGCUUAUUCUACUCUCCUAGAUGCUUUUCAUUGGCUUAUUCUACCCUCCCAGAUGCUUUUCAUUGACUUUAUUAUUCUACUCUCCUAGAUGCUUUUCAUUGGCAGACAUUAUGCAAUUCCGUCAUGCGUAUAACAACCUAAAAUGUCCAUAGUGAAUACAGUUAGCUGACUCAUCGUUCACACGCUGUGUGAUUCUGUUUGUUUAUGGGCGAGCUGUUUAGAUAUGAAUGUAAACAUGUUUUACACAACCAAGUAGACAUAGGAGUCAUAAGAGCUGUUCUGUUACAUUCAGUCGAUUACACCAAAAUAUUUACAUUUGAUUGUUAUGGACAGAGAGAAGUGAGAAAUGUAUUAUAUUGGACAUUAAUGUCUUUGGCUCGAGAACUGUUUUAAUUUUCAGAUGAAUCGAUCGAUCAAUCCGUCAAUCAAUCAAUUAAUCAACCAAUCAAUCAGUCUAUUAUUAUUUUGUUACAUUGUGGCCUGUCUGUCUCAUCGCUUUCCCGUACACUGUAAUCAUAAUCCAUAGAGCUCUUCAAUGAAGAGUGACUCUAUUCCUACCAGAUGUCAGGGUUAGGGUCAAUUCAAAUUCAAGUCAGUCGUUUCAGAAAGUAAACUGAAAUUCCAAUCUAUUUUCAAUGAUUUCUCAAAAAAUUUAAAACGAGAAGCUAUUUAUUAAAACACGUUUUUCCAUUUAUGAAUGUUCACUUCCUGAAUUGAGUGACUUCAAUUUGAAUUGACCCAAACCCUGAUGUGGAGAAAUGAUAAAUCAGUGAAAUAUAUUUUGUGAGGCAUUGGUUCUACGUUAUGGGGGGUGGGGGUUACCUAGGUGACAGUCUGUUUGUGCUGUCAUGCCAACUCCUUGUCACUCAUUGGCUUGACAAUGUGCAAUGGAAUUGACAAGAGCACAAACGGAUCUGGGACCAGACGUUGCCUUCUGUAUACAGAUGUGCAUUUCAUUAUAGACUGGAUCAGGUUACAAGACCACUGGGCAGUGAAAUCAAUGUUUUAAAAAGAUCUAUCUGGGUAGUAUAUUAGCUCUAUUUCCCAGGUAAUUUCAGGAAGCAAUAAUGGUAUGGAGUGUGCUAGUUUUGAGUUGUAAACAAUAAUUAUAUGGACAUAGUAAAAAGAUAAGAGCAAUAUUGUCGUACAAACAGCUUAGUUGCAUAGUCAGUGGAGCUGGGAACCAUUGUCAGGAAUCUAAUUAUUACCAAGUCCAUAAUGGCACCCUAUUCCCUAUAUUGCACUACAUUAGACCAGAGCCCCAUGGGCACUGGUUAAAAGUAGUGCACUAAAUAGGGAAUAGGGUGCCAUUUGGGACGUACCAUUUUUACGAGUCAUCGUUUGAAUCAUCCUGUAGCUAAAUGGAGAUGUAUCAGGGUAUGCUGGUGGGCGGGUGCUUAUUUCAUAGAAAAUAUUAGUGGCCAUACAUGUGUAUCGUGUUAAGUGACUACAUUUCACCAAAUAUACAUUUUUGUUAUCAUUGAAUUGUUAAUCAGUUUGCAUAAUGUACAAAAUAAAGUAUAUUUUAAAUAUUUUAAGAGAUAUUUUGUAUUUAACCAUUCUAUUUUAUUUCUCCACACUUUGAUCACAAGUUGAAAGUACCAUAUUGUUUGUACAGUACCAUAUUGUCUGUAUAGUAUCAUAUUGUCUGUAUAGUACCAUAUUGUUUAUACAGUACCAUAUUGUCUGUACAGUACCAUAUUGUUUGUACAGUACCAUAUUGUCUGUAUAGUAUCAUAUUGUCUGUAUAGUACCAUAUUGUUUAUACAGUACCAUAUUGUCUGUACAGUACUAUAUUGUUUGUACAGUAUCAUAUUGUCUGUACAGUAUCAUAUUGUCUGUAUAGUACCAUAUUGUUUAUACAGUACCAUAUUGUCUGUACAGUACUAUAUUGUUUGUACAGUAUCAUUGUCUGUACAGGAUCAUAUUGUCUGUACAGUACUAUAUUGUCUGUACAGUAUCAUCAUGUCUGUACAGUACUAUAUUGUCUGUACAGUACUAUAUUGUCUGUACAGUACUAUAUUGUUUGUACAGUAUCAUAUUGUUUGUACAGUAUCAUAUUGUUUGUACAGUAUCAUAUUGUCUGUACAGUACUAUAUUGUCUGUACAGUACUAUAUUGUUUGUACAGUAUCAUAAUGUCUGUACAGUACUAUAUUGUCUGUACAGUAUCAUAAUGUCUGUACAGUACUAUAUUGUCUGUACAGUAUCAUAUUGUCUGUACAGUACUAUAUUGUCUGUACAGUAUCAUCAUGUCUGUACAGUACUAUAUUGUCUGUACAGUAUCAUAAUGUCUGUACAGUACUAUAUUGUCUGUACAGUAUCAUCAUGUCUGUACAGUACUAUAUUGUCUGUACAGUACUAUAUUGUCUGUACAGUACUAUAUUGUCUGUACAGUAUCAUAAUGAGAGUAUAUAAUUUUCUAGCGCUUCAAAAGAAAAAGAUUGACAUAAAGAAGGAUCGACCUUACAAGCAAAGCUAUGUGCAGUGUGCCUUGAUCAAACGGUCAUUCUGUUCAGUGACAAGAUGAGGGUUUAUCUUCUUUGUGAGUCUUGACUUAAUGGGAAAUUCUGAUUGUGCCAUGAGUUCCCAUUUCUAGUGCAUUUUCACACGCUGUCUGAAAAACAGUUGAACAUUUGAUGUUGGACUCUCUUACUGAUGAUCCAUCGAUCCAUCUCAGCUGAUGUUCUUAUGUUUAGGGUCAGCUGUGACCUGCAGUGUUGGGGUCAAUUACAUUUCAAAUCAGUCAGUUCAGGAAGCUAACUGAAAUUCCAAUUAACAUUUUUCUCAAUGCCUCUGUAUUGGAUUGUUUUUUUUUUGGGGGGGGGGGGGGAAUUCUGGAAUUAACUGAAUUGAAAUGGAAUUGACCCCAACCCUGGUGACUUGUCUUAUGUUUGUCAUCGUCUUCCAAGCCAAAUCAUGUACUGUUGUUUUUGUCGCUGAUUCAUAGCAACAUGUUUAGAAAUAAAAAAAAAAACGAAGAAAAAAA